CAUCGGUGCUUUGAUAACGUAUAUUUCACAAUUAUUGUGUCUGUUUGUUUUUAAUUAGUAUUAAAAGUACUAACUCGUGAAAAUGUUGUUAUACUGUGAUCCUGAGAACGGCUCGGAAACCCCACCACAUCAUUACCACAAAACAAUGAGCGACGAAAGUAAAGAGGAGGUCAGCAUGCAACCAGAUUCAAGCAGCGAGUCAGCAUCUGAAGACGAAUCGGCUCCUGCUGACGCUUUAACCCGAUAUUAUUAUGAUACGGCCAUUGCGGAGUCACUAGCGGAGAACAUGUAUAAUCUAGCCGUGGAGUCGGACCAAGAUGAUGACUACGAUGAUUUGGAUCCAUCGUCCUCUUCUCGCCCACCACCGCAGCCGUUUGUUUUUGAGAACUACGCAGAAAACGAUUCUGAAGAAUCUGAUAUCGAUACCAAGAUAAGCAAAAUUGCGGGCUUGGAACAUCUGGUUGUGAACAGUCCUCUUUGGUACGCGCAUGUAAAGCCACACUUGACUGAACUGGAACGACUGCAGUUGUGGAACGACACUCCUUGGACAGAAAAAUUUUAUUGGGAUGACUCCGAUGACGCUGAUACUGACGUUGAACCUGCUCCUCCGCUAUUUAAGAAACAGUGCUACAUCGCACUUAUUUAAAAAAAAAAUGUAUUUAAACUAUUUUUUGUUAAUGGAUAUCAUAUUAUUUUGGAUUGUUUAUAAGCCUUUUCAAGUAUAUCUAAUUGGAAGUAGGGCAAUGCGAAAUUGGAGUGUUACAUACAUAUAUGUGUAGAUUAUGUAUUCUACGAAAAAUAAUAUCUAUUAUAUUCUUUUUAAAUUAGUUUCAAAUCUUCUUAACAUUAUAUCAUGAGCAAAUAUUAAUUAUAAAAAAAAUUGUCAUACAAACAUGCCAGAAAAUUUUUCAUAUUUCAUGCAUUAAAAAUGUAGGUACAUAUAUUUAUUGGGCUUACGAUAUACACAGAUAUACACAGUAAUGAUGGAAUAUAUAUAUGAGUAGAGUAUUGUAAAUGGAAGAAGUCUCAUAUUCACAUAAAGAUCAUCGGCGGCACUACAAUAAUGAAGAGUUAAUAAUUCAUUUCAUUUAUUAUAUUAUUUAAAGUUUGAUAUUCAUAUUUUAAAGAAUAAAAAUAUUAAUGUGAUUAUGCAAAAUAUAUUUUAUAAUCAGUAAGCCUCGUAGUUGAUAUUAUAUAGAUAGUGUCAGCUGAUUUCAUUAUGACGUAUGUCUCUCUUCGUUCGGGUAAAUCGAAGUCAUGAAAUUGUUUAAUAGAAAUAAGAAAAAGAUAAUAUGCUCGCAAAAAUAUAGGGAAUUGAAUUCGGGAGAUCAAAUAUUACAACUGUUUGCGUAGCGUAUAUAUAUGGAGCAACAUAAGGAAAUUAAUAUAAUAAAUAUAAAAUAUAAAGAUGGUACUGUGUAAAUAAGAAAUAUAUAUAAUCGUAAGGAAUGAACUGCAAUCAUAUAACUACACUAUCUUUUAAUUUUAUUUUAAAACAAAUAUCGUUUAGAUAUCUUCCGCCUAAAACGUUUUUCUAUCUCUUAUUCUUAUCUUUAUUAUAUACUAUGUGUAUCGCACAAUGGAACGAAUAUAUAUGAUAUAUAUAAUAUAUAUGACUUUGAAAACAUUCCAGUCUGAAGAGUAUUAACUAAAAGGCGGCAUUAGAGAAUUUCUGUCUCGUCUCGAAUGUUUUAUGUGUAACUUAGAAAUAAACAUACCGUGUUUAUUUACUUCUCUCGUAGAAUCAUAAAGUUAAUCAAACUAUUAUUAAGUAGUUUUAGAAUACUGAGAUGUAUUUCAUUAA